GCAUACUUCCAGUAGAGGGACACACAAACAACAUUAAACAAACCCUCACGGAGCUUGAAAUCAUCGUUUUGCCGUUCCACUUAUAGACACAUAGACAAAAGCACAACCAUCAUGUCGAUGUCAGCGGCGCAGGCGAGGGCAGCUCUUCAAGAGGUAAUGCAAUACGCGGAGGAGGGCAUCCACUACGAUGACGACGGGGAGCUUCGACUACUGACGGAGAGAGUGCCGAGUUACUUCGAUGUCAGAGUGAACAUUCGUGCAAGCAUUGCUACGAACGGAGAGGAGUCGUUCAGAGCACGGAUGCUAUUGACACGGUUCACUGAGGCGCAUGAUUUACGUGUAGACAACAGUGCUGAUACCAGUGCAUACAGUUUGAGAAAAAUGGUUGGUUGGAUGUGCACAGAAGGGAUGUCCGAUGAAGGGGACGUGGAUAUGACAAAGCAGCAGAAGGGUGGAACAUACACGCCGGCUGAUUUCAAGCAGAUGCUGAUGACACAGGCGAAGAAAUGGGGAAUGCUUGUUGAAGAUUCUAAGGACGAGAUGAAGAGCGAGCAAGCACUGGCGGGCAAGGACCUCAUUAACUACAGGGUGCGGAGUGUGGACGAGGAUGUCGUAUGUGGUACUCCAUUGUGGAAUGGAAUAUUCAUGGCAGCUUUGCAUCGCCUCAGCAUUGCGACUUCUGAGGUGAACAGAAAGAGGUCAAGGGAAAAAGGAUGGAAGUUGGUGGCCAGGGAAGCAGAUGUUGCACUUCAUGCAGCAGAUGGACACACUUCAGCAGGGGAAGAAAUUGUGAGAACAGUCUCCAUCGUGCGUUCUCCAAUAAACACAAUGUCCACGGAGGAGGUAGAAGAAGAAGAUGUGUUCAAUGAGUGGACAAUGACAGAACAACAACGGGAACGAGGGUUCGAAGACUCUUCUUUACCGAUCGAUUUUGAAUAUGACAUUGAAGAAACAAGAGUGAGGAACAAUGAAAAAGAUGCGAGGGUGCCAUCAUAUGAGUGGAAGAGAUCGCAGACGCUAGAGACGCAACUUGCUGCGAACUGCUUCGACAAUGGGGACAACGAUAUUCGCCGUGCCGCAGAGGCACGGAUGUCAGAAUUGAAUACGCAUAAGCAUGUUCAAGAGAACGGUCUUUGGGGAUUCUACAGGGGUCCGCAUGGUGAUGAUCCUCAACUAGAUUACCAUCUCGCUUUGCAACCGGACUGUGGCAAUCGGUCGAGAGGUAUGGCUGCAGAGGCUGGAAAGAGGCCCGAAAAGGUGGACGAGGAACACUUGUUCCUGUUCACGCGGAAAUCAAGAAGACAUGCCAUAGCGAUAACGAAACGGGACGUAUUGCGAAUGGGUGCGAACGACGCUGUAAUCGAUAUGUACUUACAGUCCGUCUAUGAAGAACAUUUCCCUGCACAGGACAACACGACACUUCAUGUUUGCACAGUUUUCUGGCAUCCCGCAGUCUUCGUCAAUCAGAAGGUUUAUAUCGCGAAAGCAGGAUGGCAGGAGCGCAUCAAGAGUAGACCUGCAAAGCUGCGUCGAAUAAGCAAUGAACUGCGAACGACAACUGUUGUUCUCAUCCCUGUGAAUCACAAAAACCAUUCGAAAUUGCUCUUGUUACUGAAUGUCGGUCGGUUUUUGGCAGUCACGGAGGACAAUGAUGGCCAGAAACGACCUGUUGCGAUUGUCAUGGAUUCCUUUCAACAGAGCGGCCGAAAUGAAUGGAAGGUGUUACGCACAUUUUUGUGGUAUGAAUACCUCAACGAGGCAGACAAAGCAGGGGUGUUGACUCCCGAGACUGUGGACACGUCGUGGGUGACAUGCAGAGAUCUACUUGGAUCUAACAUAGUAUAUGCGGAAUGUUCGCAACAGACCAAUACGUCGGACUGUGGUGUUUACGUUUGUUGCGUGGCAGCUGAAUUGAUGCGAAAGCUAGCAAACGUAACUAAGGGAACGAACAUAACCGCAAAAUAUAUAACAGAACUUGUUAGCCCGAUGGACGUUAAUAAACGAACGGUCAAGAAAUUUCGUCAGUCAAUGGUACAACGCUUUGCGCAGUGUGCUGCAAUGGUAAAAUGAUAUAACACCGGAGCAGCGUGUGCCAUAGAAAAUG